AUGACAAAUAUGAAAAUAUGCUUUCAGUCAAAAGAUGAGGAACCUGUUGAUGAUGAGGUCAUCACUACUCAUGCACCGGAAGUUGAUGACAAAGAUAUCGAUGUCGUCAAUACUGAUUGA